UCUCUCUCUCUCUCUCUCUCUCUCUCUCUCUCUGAACUCAGUUAAGGAUCAGCUUGCACCACUUCAGCAUCCCUCACAGUGCCUGUCCACCACUUCCAUCUCUUCGAUCAGAAUGAGGACCGCUCACUUCAUUGCUAUCGCUGUCUCGCUGCUUGCUGCAGCCACCUUCGUCGCAGCCACCGGAUACUCCUCCAGCCUCAUCAAUGACUGCGAUUUCGACGUCAAGGUCGACAUCGUGCUCAUCCCUGGCCUGCAGCUCGGGUCGCUGGGUCUCAUCACCGUCGUUGCGCACACCGUCCAGUCCGUGCUGUACACCAUAACGGGCCUCGUCUCCAGCCUGCUCGGCCUGACCUGGAAGAUCUCCGCUGUGAUCGACGGCGUCCUGUGCACCGUCAACGUGCUGGUGCCCGUCAAUGGGACGGUUCACAUCGUCCAGACGGCGGCUGGCACAGUCGCAGUCCUCGUCAACAAUGUGGUGAAGGGCUACCUUCUUCAAUGAUCAUUACGAGGAACCCCACGGGUCAGAAACAGAUUCGGUACUGCCUGGUGAAGACGGAUGGGAAGAAUUUGAGCAUCUUCUGUGUGGAAUGAGCAUUCACGGCUAUCAUUUCCGCAGUUAAAUGUUCAUUACAGUUUCUAGACUCGUUCCAACUUCCUGGUUUAAACUGGACAUAAAUCACAGGUCCGAAUCUGGAUCAUUCUUAGCGGUAGGUGUAAUGUAUUUCUUAGAGGUUUACUGCCUAGGCUAGUGACGCGAAACCCUGAGAAGAUAGUCAUCUGAGAAGAAAGCAGCUUCACCAAAUCUGCUGUUAUAAAUAAUUUUGUACCGGCCUUCACAAGGGCAAUGAUUCCUUCUUCCAACAUAGAUAAGAAUGACGACUUCAUGUAUACAAGAUGUAUGUAGUAUCGGAAGUAAAAGGUUAUGAGCAUGUGUUAUCUG